AUGCCCCCGGGGCUCAGCCUGGCAGUGUGCCGGCAGGCGGUCGGCUCUCAGUGCCACACCCUGCACCGCCUGCCCACUCCCGACUCCCGGACAACUGGGACGAGCGUGGCUCCACGCCCCGCUUCGGGCUGUCCACCGCGACAAGCUGCGUCCCCGCCGCUGGUCCCGGCACGGAGCAAGCGAGCCCUGGGCGACUCCACGGCUGCCGCCCGCAGAGAGCUGCUCGGCGGCGCCUGGCGCUGCUGCCCGCCCUCGGGAGCCGCGGGGCUGCACGGCGCGGCCCUGCCCGGCCUGGACGGAGCGACCAUAAUACAAGAUGCAGGUGAGGAAGUAGAAGACGGGGCAGUGUAUCGAGUCACCCUGAAAACAGUGCAGGUUGAGGAGGAUGCCGGCGCAGCAGCAAGAGAACCUGGGAUAGAAGAGGAGCAGAGGACCAUGUCUUCAAAACAUGCUGUCAGCCAGCUGGAGGUGACCAAGAUCCGGGCAAUUAAAGCUGGCACGCUGGAGAAGCUUGUGGAAAACCUUUUGACAUCUUUUGGAGACCACGAUUUUGCCUACACAGACAUCUUCCUCUCAACAUACAAGGCAUUUACAUCCACUAAGAGAGUCCUGGAGCUUCUCCUUGACCGAAAGGAGAACCUGGAGACCCCAACCUUCGAGGAGACAGAGAGCAAGAACUGCUCCGAGCACAAAGCUCUGCCUAGAACGGCUGUAGCAUCAGUGUUAAGUGCCUGGCUCAGUCAGUGCUCCGAGGACUUCUGAGAGCCUCCCAACUACCCUUCUCUCCUGAAGGUUCUGGACUACCUGAACAGGAACCUGCCUGGCUCUGACACAGAGAAGAAGGCCCAGAAACUCUUGGAAAAAUUCCAGAGUGAAGGAACAGAGAACAACUGUGUCCUGGAGGUCCAAUAUGAAGAAGAACUACAAUUUUCUUCUUUGCCUGAGGCCCUUGUAGCAGAACAGCUGACCUACAUGGACUCUAAAUUGUUCCAGAAAGUUGUUUCCCAGCAUUGUUUGGGGAGCAUUUGGUCACGCAGGGACAGGGAUGAAAACAAAGAGCUGGUGCUUAGCAUCAGAGCCACCAUCACUCAGUUCAACGCCGUUUGCAAUUGCGUUGUGAGCACCAUCGUGAAGAAUAAGGACCUAAAGACACAUCAGAGAGCCAGGAUCAUGGAGAGAUGGAUCCAUAUUGCCCAUGAGUGUCGUGCGCUGAAGAAUUUUUCUGCCCUGGGGGCUGUUGUUUCGGCACUGCAGUCCUGUGCUGUCUUUUGGCUCAAGAGUUCCCGGGCACGUGUUCCAAAAAAGGCAGUGCUGCUGUUAGAGGAGCUGGCCCAUAUCUUUGCAGACCGUAACAAUUCCUUGGCAGCUAAGGAGCUGGUGGCAAAGGCUUAG